ACCCGUCGUUCACGCUCGAGUACCCCGUACCUCUGCGCCCGCCGCCUGGCUGAGGAUCCCCUCCGUCCAAGGUCUCGUCGCAACCUCACAGCGACUUGGACGGUGACCCACACACAAUUUGUGACAGCUGCUAUUGCGGCAUCCGCGUCCAGGGAUCAACGGUCAUCGAUUUACGCUUGAUCGUCCCUGCCUCUCUACUUCGGGAGAUCUCAUUAGCAUGCCUCUCUGCCCUUGAACCUGCCCUGCCAAUUCCCACAUUGGGCUUGUCUUCGUCGUCACCUACAUAAGAUAUCCACCACUCCCACGUUCUGUCCUCGGCACCCAUCUCGUCCCUUUGAACAUCCCAACAUCAGCUUGUAUCAGCCCCAGCAUCCCUUCCAUUAACAACCAUCUUCAUCUUACCUUGGUUGCAUAAUAUUAGUUGUCUUGUUUUCCCUACUACGUGCCAACAUACACACACACACACACACACACAACACACUCAAACACACCAGAAAGAGACAGCCUCACUUCACCUCCGCGAGGGAAGCCUAUUUUAAUCACCACAGAAAUGGCAACGAUGAUGAUGUCGAAUCACUACGCCGCACAGCCCAGCGCACACUACGCCUACGGACAGCCUCAGGGCCCACCAUCGCCCCCAAUGGACGAGACAUCCAAGUGUUCCCUGCCCUCAAUCUCCAACCUGCUUGGUCUGGCCGAUGGGGGGUCGCCCACUACCGAACACUCUCCCGCGUCGCAACAAGCUUCAUCACAACACAAGCCCGAUGCUCGCCCGGAUUCAUCGCAUUACAAUAAUGCCGCUGCCCGCAGCGGUGCGCUCCCACCCACCCCGCCAAUGUCUUCCGAUGCUUCAUUCGAGGGUUAUCACUCGCCUUCGACAAAGUCUGUGAGCCAGCUGUCAGCCGCAUCGAACUACUUCUACGACGCCGCACCUGCAAUGGGCCAUGUCGAGCAGGAGGCUCAACGCCAGCAGAUGGCUCCCCGCCUCCCAAUUCAGGCGCCCUCUUACGCACAGUCGGCCUUCGCAGCCUCAUCAUACAUGGGACCACCUGCAAUGGCGUCCUACUACCCGGCUAUGCAGCCCACUCCUCCGCCGCAGCCACAGGUCUCAGGACUCUACUACCAGAGGCCACUCCCUCAUGCCUUCCCUCCUAUGCCACUCGGCGUGGCGAUGCCCUCGUCUGGUUCAAACCCCUGGCAACACCACCACUACAUCUCGCCAUCUUCAGCCGCCUCAUUCCCCCAGUCCCAGGACCGCUACAUCUGCCAGACCUGCAACAAGGCCUUCUCCAGGCCCAGCUCCUUGCGAAUCCACAGCCACUCUCACACCGGCGAGAAGCCCUUCAAGUGCCCUCACGCCGGCUGUGGCAAGGCCUUCAGCGUUCGCAGCAACAUGAAGAGACACGAGCGUGGCUGCCACAACUUUGAGACGAGCAGCAACGGAUCCCCUCUGAUGUCAUAGAGAAGAGGGCAAGAAAAAAUAAUGUCUUGUCAAGACGACAAAUUCGAUUCACAAAAGCUUAUUCUACUACGUACAUUUAAUUGGUGCGCCGCAAGUCAUGACGGGUACUUAUCAAAAGACGGGACGAUCAGACGGACGGAUACCUCGCGGUAUGCUCUCUUAUGCGCAUUACCUGGCACGGGAUGACCAAGUGUUGGCACUGGGAGGCAGCUUGGAAUGAUACCAAUUCUUUCAUCAAACGGGGUUCAGAGAAACCCCUGAUCAUCACACGGAGGGCCGGGAGGAGUUCCGGUUUGGGGAGACCCGGGGCGUCUCAACAAAACAUUCUUUUGUCACCUCCCCCCCCCCCACACACACGGUACAGGGCGUUAAGCCGGUGUUUACUUUUCGCGCCUUCGCGUUUGCUGGGAGCAUUUUCAUGGGCGCUACAUGGUUUCUGGUUUUUGUACAAAGGGGCAUGAGGUCUUGUUAACCCCCAGGGCUGGCGGGAAAAACUAUUCCCACGCGAGGACCACUCGCUUACACUAUAACUUAUUGUAUAUUUCCCCCAUGUUGAGGUCUACGCCGAUAGAUCAGACUUGCUCAUCAGGGAGCUGGUGUACGAUACUACUUACCCGUGGAGGACGGGUUUGUGUGGCUUCUUAGCUGCACUUUUCUGACAAGCUGGUGAGCUUACAAGAACAAAGUAUCAAUUGGCAUUUCAAAAUCAAGAACAAAGUAUCAAUUGGCAUUUCAAAAUCA